AUGGUGAUUCGAUGCGCAUUAGAGGAACUUCGAGAAAAUGCAGAUGUUAACUUUAAAAAAAUGUUUAAAGAUAUCGUUGAAUUUGCAGCAAAAUUUGAUUUCGAAAUAAGUAUGCCACGAGUUUGUGGACGACAAACUCAUCGAGUCAAUAUAAAUGUAACCGAUCCAGAAACAUAUUUUAAAAUUUCAGUGUAUUUGCCAUUUCUUGAUUAUAUAAUUCAAGCUUUGCAUACACGAUUUGAUGAUAGACUAUCUGAUGUUAUGCCUCUGGAAGGACUGAUUCCAUCAAAUUUUAGUUCAUAUGAUGAUGACUCUAUUUUAAAGGCAGCUAUGCAUUAUGAUAAAGAUCUUACAUAUAGUGAUAGUUCAUGUCUUAGAGCUGAACUACAUAUGUGGAGAUGUCAGUGGUAUAAUAAUGAUGACAAACCACAAUCAGCUAUUGAUACACUACCUCACUGUACAAAUCUAUUACCAAACAUCCAGGUGCUGUUAAGACUGUUUGCCACUUUGCCAAUUACUUCUGCUACACCAGAAAGAACAUUUUCAACAUUGAAACGUUUGAAAUCCUAUUUAAGAUCAACCAUGACAGAAGAACGUCUUAAUGGAUUAGCUUUAGCAAAUAUAAAUAAAAAAGAAAAUCUAACUGAAUUGGAAGUUAUACAACAAUUUUCAAAAACAUCACCGAAGCGACUACAAUUAGCAGACUGGACCAAAUAA